AUUAUUUUCUUGUUUUUGGGGGUGUAUCUGUAACCUAAAGGGAAUAGAGAGAGUUGGGGAGCGAGGGCGCUCAGUCUCUUUACAGGAGGGGGUAGUGUUACGAGAGGACAAGAUCAUGAAAAUACCCAGACUGAGUCCCAGCGGAAGUGGAGGAUGACGUCGCGCUACGUCACCUCACCGACCGCCUGCUAAUUGGCUCGGGAGGAUGACGUCACACUACGUCACCUCGCCGGCCGCCUACCCUGGGGCUCGGGAGUAUCAUCUGACGUGUAGCAGCCCUGGGAUUGGUGGCGGAACAGUUUGGGAGACAGAGUGGCGGGAGAGCACUGGUGAGGGAAGGAAGCCCGUGCGUCGCCGACACUGCCUCCUGUACUUGUAUGUGCCUUUGUGAGCUGGAGCGAGGCGUCAAGAAGCCUUCCGAGGGUCGACAAGAGGCCCGGGGUGCCGAGCUACAGCAUAGGACUACUGUGUAGUGUGAGCAACGGAGAAUAGAGGGCCAGAAGCCGACAAGUGUGUUUUACUACUCGCCUUCUGAGGGGAGCCAGGGGAGAACACGGAGCGCUGCAGGGUAAGUUCACCGUCACGUAUGCAGGAAGCACCGGACCCUAAAAGUACUACCAUGGCUGCAAGAGCUCUUGUGUUUGUGACUGGAAAUGCCAAGAAGCUGGAGGAGGUUCGGGCCAUUCUUGGUGACUCAUUUCCUUUCAGAUUAGUAAGUCAGAAGAUUGACCUGCCAGAAUAUCAAGGUGAGGCAGAUGAGGUGAGCCGAAAAAAGUGUGAGGCAGCAGCAGAAUUGGUGAAGGGUCCUGUCAUCGUGGAAGACACCUGUCUUUGUUUUAAUGCUCUUGGAGGGCUGCCAGGUCCUUAUAUAAAAUGGUUUUUGGAAAAGCUGGGGCCUACAGGUCUUCAUAAAAUGCUUGCAGGUUUUGAGGAUAAGUCUGCUGAAGCAGUCUGCACAUUUGCAUAUUCUUCUGGAGAGCCAAAGGAGGAGGUGCUUCUCUUCCAUGGCAAAACUCUGGGUACAAUAGUUGAACCUCGCGGUGAUAACAACUUUGGAUGGGACCCUUGCUUUCAGCCCAAAGGUUUCAAUGAAACGUAUGCAGAGAUGGACAGUGCAAAAAAGAAUGGAAUCUCUCACCGCUUCCGAGCUGUUGAUGCUCUCAGGGAUUACUUUACUGGAGAGGAGGGUCGGAAGUUACUUGCGAAGAAGCUGAAAGUUGAGGAUAACAAUUGCAGUUAAUAUUUAGCUGUCUUAUGGUAUUGUAUUCUGUAUCCAACUAAAACCAGGUACUGUUUUGAAUUUUAUAAUUAAAGUAGGUGACCAUAAGAUGUUCACUGACUUUGGCUCAGUUGGAUAAUUCUCAUACAAAUGUUCCUAAAUGUAUGUGUAAACAGUUUCAAAAUAAACACUUACAUAUAUGCUGAAAAAAA